AUGAAACGAUUAUUAUUUCAAGGAGCUGAAUCAAAGGUUUACAUUCAAGAUUUUUUAGGAAAAGAAAUUUUGGUGAAAGAAAGAUUUAAAAAACAUUACAGACAUUCCGAAUUAGAUAGUUAUUUAACGAAAGAGAGAAUAAGGGCGGAAUGCCGCAAUAUUGUCAGAUGUAAACAAUUAGGAAUUAAAACUCCGACGAUUUAUUUCGUGGAUCUUAACAAGAGAGUAAUUUAUUUAGAAUAUUUCAAGUCGAGCGUUUCCGUGAAACAGUAUUUUGAAAAAUUGGAAAGAGAAAAUGAGUUGACAGAUGAUAAAAUCAAAGAAGUGGCUUAUUUAUUAGGAAAUGCCAUUGCUAAAAUGCAUUCCAAUAACAUGGUACACGGAGAUUUGACCCCUUCUAAUUUUCUCAUACAGAAAAAUGAAGUGACAAAUAAAAAUGAGAUAAUAGUCAUUGAUUUCGGGCUGAGUCAUUUAGAGGCAAGCGAUGAGGAUAAAGGCGUAGAUUUAUAUCUUCUCGAAAGAGCUUUGGUCAGCAUGAAUGUUAACGCAUCACAAUUUUUCAAAGAUAUUUUGCAAAAAUACAAAGAGACUUAUAAAAAAAAAAUCAAUUCAGUCUUACAAAAAUUUGCAGAAGUAAGAUCGAGGGGAAGAAAGAGAUGCAUGGUUGGGUAA